UAAUGUGUGUCUGUGAGGCAUCUGGUGUGUGUAUGUGUGUGUGUUGUGAGUCUUGGUGGCUUGCACGCUGGGUGUGGUGUGUGCCUGUUGUUUUGUUUGUGUCGUCGUCUUUGUAGAGCGUGUCUGGCUCUGUGGUGUGUCCGAGUGGCAGUGUGCAAGUGUGUGGCGUGCACCUGGGGCUUUGGGCUCCAGAGAGGGUGCGGGGGCCAGGGGCGUGCCCGGGGAAGGCAGAGUGCGUUGAGGGCAGUGUCUGUCUGGGCUGGGGCCGAGGGUAUGCUGGCUUCCCGGGAGUGUCCCCAGGGUGGGCGGCGGGCGAGGGCGGUGCCUUCCUGCUCAGCGCGGGGCUGGUAACCGGAGCCCCUUCCCCCAUGAAAUAUUGAUCCCGCCUAGCGGCGGCCCUGGCCAAAUAAGGCCAGACCCGCAGGGAGCAGGGAGAGCGGGGGGCCGGCCGCUGUCCGUGGUGCUGCCGCUUCCCCCUCGGCGGGGGCGUUGGCGCUCAGGCUGGGGCGGGACUGGGAGGGGGUGAGAUUUCCCCAUCUACCAACACCCUCAGCGGGGCCCCUCCCUCUGAGGAUGAGCUAGCCUGUCCCUCUCACCUAUCUGUCAGUUCUACCACCCUUUCUAGGAAGGGGAAACAGGGACCAAGUGAGUAUUUGGCGGGGGAGGGGAUCCAGUAUCCCUCAGGGCUAGGGCUUGCCUGGGACAGUCCUAACUUACAAGUCCUAACUUAGUGUCUCUGUUCACUCUUUGAAAGAGUCCUAAUUGCAUGAUAAAUUAUGUGCUCCCCAGCAACGAGGCUUUGCCCCAAAGACUUCUUCCCCUGCUUCUCUGCUCUGCCCCUGGGGGUUCUGUAGUCAGUGGGUGUGCAAAGCGCCGUGUGUGUGUUUGUGAGUGGGGAUACUGUCUUUCCUGUGCUUGGGCUGAGCUGGAAUAAGGGCUUGGGAGCCCCAGGCCCCUUGGGAUCCUGAGGCAACCCAGACCCUCCCCAGGGAAUCCAGCUCCCUUCUCUACCAGUCCAAAUUCUGCUUUCCAUUCAGGCUGUGCUUUUGUUCAGGCCUGGGCUUCCUUUGCCCUCCUGCGUCCUGGGCUGGGCAGGCCUCUCCUUGGUCUCGAUGUCAGGGUGCGUAGGGCCUCCAGGUUGGCCAUCUGUGUACUCACGACAUCUUCUCUGAGUUCUCCUACUUUGACUUGCUGAUUCUCCCUCCUUCGGUGGAUUCCAUUUUCCUCCUAGCCCUAACUGUAGGUAUUACCUCUCACCCUUUCCUCACUCUGUACCCUCCUCCGGGCAUUCUCCUUCCUUUCCACACCUCACUUUUCCCUCUUGGGAACACACCCAAAUCCUGCCCACUCACACUGCUCUCCUGAACUCCAGGGAAUCUGCUUACCUGUCCAACACCUCCAUAUGGGAGUUGCAAAAUUAUCUCAGGCUCAUCAUAUCUAAAAUAGGGACUCAUGUUUCCCUCAAGCCAACUUUUCCCUCCAGGACCUCACGCUGUGGGGAUGGCACCUGCUCACCCUUCCUGUAAAUCAUGUUGGAUUCUGGUUUCUGCCCUUCCCCUAACCUUGUCCCAUCGCUAACUCCAGGCAAUCCCCCAAGCCCUCCCACGACUCUUGCACCCCUUUCCUCUUUCCACCAGCAGUGUCUGAAGCAGUGCAGCCCCUCUUACCCGCCUCCUGACUGCUCUUCCUGCUGUCAGGCUUUGCUCUGAUUCUGCACCGUGUUGGAUUGGUCUCUGCAAAAUGUUACAUCUAAACCAUGUCAGAUUUCACUCCCUUCAGGAUUAAAGCCAAACUUCUUAGCCCUACAUUCAGAGCCCUUCUUUGGCUGUUCCCAGCCUACGUUCCCAGCCCUCUCUUCCACAGCUGCACAUACGUCCUGCUCCAACUGCACUGCUCUGUUCACCAGCCUCUGAACAUACCAUUCUUUCUCUGGACCUUCCCAGCUAGCUUCCACCUCUUUCCUGCCACCUGUACCUCUCUAAAUCCCACCCACCUUUCGAGGUGCUCUGCAGAGAAUUUCUCCGUGAUACCUGCUCUGGUCUCCCCAUCCUGAAGUGUUCACUCUUUCUGCAGAGCAGCCAGGGUGUUUUAUCUUUACCUCUCAGUGCUUUGGGUGGUCCUCCGACCAGCAGCGUGGGUAUCACCUGGGAGCUUGUUUGAAAUGCAGACACUCAGGCUCCACCUUCCUGUGACCCAUGGAAUGAGAAUCUGCACUUCAGGAAGAUCCCCAGGUGAUUUCUGUGCACAUUUCAGUUUGAGAAGCACCGGAUGGUGCAUCCACCGAGGGCGGCAUCUUGCUUCUGUUCGGGAGUGGCUUCAGCCCCAGGGUGUUUUCUAGUGGCAUUCUCAAGUGCCAAGUCUAGCAGCCCCUGUCAGGCAACAGCUGCCACAUCUGUCCACAAGGUAUGAGAGGGGGUGGGUGAUGGAGAUGGUCAGGAAGCAUGUGCGCUCUUCCUGGAUGCUUCCACCUGGAAUCUAUGCCCCACAAGGCUCUGGAGCUCAAGCUCUGUAAAGCCACUAGAGUGACAGGAGUAGGAAUCAGUUAACAAUAAAAAGACAGUUAUCAAGCAGAGAGCAGAACUUUUCCCUCUUCACAACUACACAUUGGUGGAAAUGUCUGUUAUUUUAAUGUAUUCCAAAUAAGGUCACAUCCUGAGGUACCAAGGGUUAGGACUUCAACAUAUCUUUUUUUUUGCAGGGGGGCGGUGCACAGUUCAACACACAACAGGCAAGGAUGGUAUAGGGUCUGGGGGAGCAUGACGGGGACUAGCCUUGUCUGCAAAGACUCUCCUAGGACAUGCCAUCCAGCCUGGGACUGAGCGCUGAGUAGGGAUUAGCCCGCAAAGGUGGUGCGACACAGACCAGGUCCGCAGGACAUGAGGGUGGGGACGGACUGGAGAAGAGCUUUCCAGGCUAGCAGGAGACAAAGUGGCACUUUUGAGGAAUGAAAAAAAUGCAAGUGUGACUGGAAUACGGAGGAGGGGCAGGAGUGCGAGAUGAGCUGGGUCACUUCACUUGUGGGCCUUGUGAGGGGUUUUUACUUUCUCCUGAAGGAAACGGGGAGCUACGGGAGGCUGUCCCACAGGAGGGAUUCAUUCUGCCUUGUGAGCCAUCUCCUCACAAAACUGAGCUGUCUGAAGGCCGAGUCGUUCCUCUGUGAACCCAGUUCUGAGGGAAGACUUGUGGCCAUGUCCUCAGGAGGCCCCUGGCUGAGAGAAGGCACACGGCAGCCCCGUCUGAGGAAGGAAGGCCUGGCCAUGCCCCAGCAGCCCUCAGUCCAAGUGGGGAAGACGAACCUUGCCCUCAGGAGCCUUGUUCUGAACAGGAGACAGGGCUCACCCAGCUCUGGGUCUGCCUCACCCUUGGGUGUCCCGAGUCCUUGGAGUCUGGAGGACACAGGUUGGGCCCAACCACCCAAGACCCUGCCUUGCUGUGAGGACUAUGUCUGAGAAUGUGUCCAGGGCAAGUGCGUGACCCGUAUGGGCCCCUGAGGCCAGAGGCCCUGAGGCUGGGGGAGACCUGAGCACCCUGCUCUCCUCGGGAGAUGUCUGGUUCUUGCCUUUGUAUCGGGACCCAGUCUAUCUGCUCAACCCAUCCCUACCACACACUCAGAGGGCCGCCCCUUUACUGUGUGUGAUGGGAGAGGCCCCCGCUGCCCAAAGCUGCCUGUCCCUUCUUGCCUGGGCUGAGUGGGCCAGGCUGGGUGGAGGAGAAGUGGGUCAGCUCAGUAGCCAUGGCGACCGCAGCUGCUCCCAGCCAGCCUUCUCAUCUCCUCGCCACCGACCUCACGAUGACAUCCUUUGUUCGGCCUGUGGGGAUGGGGGCCAGAGGGGUGAGAUUGGGGGCCAGAGUGUGUAUGAGUGUGUGUGUGUGUGUGCAAGCUCACACAAGCGCCUGCUAAGAGCUGGGCAGGGGCCGGGAGCCAGGGUGUGUGUGUGUGUGUGUGUGUGUCUGUCUGUCUGUCUGUCUGUGUCUGCCUGCCUGUGGCUGUCAGUGUGGCUACUUCUGUGUGGAUGAGUAUCUUAGUGUUGUGUGUGCAUGUCUGUGUACGCAUGUGAUUGUGUCUUUAAGUGUGUAUCAUUUGUGUGGGUCUGCAUGGUGUGUAAUCACACAUUUGAAAUUCUGUGCCCUGUGCCUCUCCCGGUUAUGCGUAGUGUGUGUGCGAGCCUGGUUUGGAGGAGAUAAAAGUCACAUAACUAGGAGAGGAGCUGGCAGAGUGCUCCCUACUCAGGCUGGGUGUGCUCCCUGGGUCCAGCUUACCCUCCCCCACCACGCACCAGCUCUGUCACCCACCUGUCUCUCCCUGAGGGGGAAAGUGAAGGCUAGAAACAAGGGAUACCCCCACCUUCUGUAGAUGCAGGUAAAAAAAAAUCAGUAUUACCUCAUGAGCUGGUUCUCAUUAGUUGGUGAGGCAGCACUGUGUUAAGAGGGAUUCUGAGGUUAAGUCUGGCCUCUGACAUGGGCACAGAUUGGCAUGAACAACGUGGUGGGCAGCCCUAGUGCUAGAUAAGGGUUGGGGCAGGGGUCUCCAAUGCCAGACGCUGCAUCUGCUGAGGGACCAGGAGCUGAGAUGCUGGCAGGGAAAAGCACAGCUUCACAUGUCAGCUCCCACCUCAACUGAGAGGUGCAGGAACCCAGAUCCCACACUUAUCCUGCACCCUGGGCUGGAGUGGGAGGUGAUCCUAUUCAUCUCUGAGCCUUCCCAUGAAGUGGUUGCACCUGGUUGCAAUCCAGACUCACAAGCACCAACACCUGUGAAGUCCUUUACCAUUUACAAAGGCACAUUAUGAAUAGUAAUAAUAUAAUUGCCCAGCUGAGCAUUUAGCAUGUACCAAUCCUUAUUUUUGUAAUAUUUCAUCUAAGAAUCCUAAGGUGGGCAUUAUUAUCCCAACUUGAGAGAUGAGGAGCUAUAGGCUCGGGGGGUUGUUAAGGAAAUUGCCCUGGGUUAUGUGGCUUGUAAGUGACAGGUCUAGGUUUUGAACUAAGUCUGUCUGCCUCCAAAGCCUGUGCUUUUAAUUACUGUGCUUUCCUGCUCCUCAUUAACCCAUCUGACCCCCAGUCCAGCCCGGAGAGUCAGGCUGGGUCCAGAUGGCCAGUAGACUCAUUUUAUAGAAGAGGAGAUGAGGGCUCAGAGAAGCUGAAUGACCUGCUCAGGGUCACACACUGCGGGUGGAGCCAGGAGUUGGCCCCCUGAUACACCCCCAAUACACACACUCCUGACUGAUGGUCGUGUCACAGAGUGUCUGGGGAGGGACACAGACCCCAUCGGUCAGGGGGAGGACAGAGGAAGAAUAGGGUCUGAGCUCCUUAGCAGUUGGACCUGGAUGAGUCCCUUGGCAUUAGCACCAGCAAUUUAACAUUAAAGUGCCUAAAGGCAGAUUAGGGGACCCAGGAGUUUGGACAAGGAGGAAACAGCAUCAGAGAGUUUGAAUGAUUUGCUGAAGGUCACACAACUAUCUCCAAAGUCUGUCUCUUUACUCCACAAGCUACUAGAAUCCCUGGAGGACACAUGUCCUCUCUAGCCCUUCCUCUAAGCUCCCCUUUUUCCUUCCAGACUCUUAUCACAUCACCUCCUCCUGGAAGCUACCCUGAUUGUCUUCACCUCCUUUCUUGAAAUCUGGUGUCUCAGAAGUUAACAGAAGGCUUGUGUAAAUGCCCUAGGUGUGUGCUGUUGGGAGGGGCACAGCCCCCUGUGAUGGGAACACCACAUUCAGAUUCAUCAGUUUGGGUUGCCUGAGGCCCUGCCACCCCGUGGAUCAUGUUUAACGGGGAGCCAGUUCCAGCCUCAGCUGCGGCCUCCAGGAACGUGGUGCGGAGCUCCAGCAUCAGCGGCGAAAUCUGCGGACCCCAGCAGGCUGGGGACGGGACCGGGACCACCACGGCCAAGAAGCGGCGCAGCAGCCUCGGGGCCAAGAUGGUGGCCAUCGUGGGCCUGACCCAGUGGAGCAGGGGCACACUCCAGCUCCCCCAGGCUGAAGGGGCCACCAAGAAACUGCGCAGCAACAUCCGGCGGAGCACGGAGACGGGUGUUGCCGUGGAGAUGCGGAGUCGGGUCCCUCGCCAGGGCAGCCGGGAGUCCACGGACGGGAGCACCAACAGCAAUAGCUCCGAUGGCACGUUCAUAUUCCCCACCACCCGGCUUGGAGGUGAAAGCCAGUUCAGCGAUUUCCUGGAUGGCCUGGGACCAGCCCAGAUUGUUGGGCGACAGACGCUGGCAACGCCACCAAUGGGGGAUGUGCACAUUGCCAUCAUGGACCGGAGCAGCCAGCUGGAGGUGGAAGUGAUUGAGGCUCGGGGCCUGACCCCCAAACCAGGCUCCAAAUCCCUCCCAGCCACCUAUAUCAAGGUUUACCUACUUGAGAACGGGGCCUGCUUGGCCAAGAAGAAGACAAAGGUGGCCAAGAAGACCUGUGAUCCCCUGUACCAGCAGGCUCUGCUCUUUGACGAGGGGCCCCAGGGCAAGGUGCUGCAGGUGAUUGUCUGGGGAGACUAUGGCCGCAUGGACCACAAGUGCUUCAUGGGCAUGGCCCAGAUCAUGCUGGACGAGCUGGACCUGAGUGCUGCGGUCACCGGCUGGUACAAACUCUUCCCCACGUCCUCAGUGGCAGACUCUACGCUCGGCUCCCUCACCAGGCGCCUGUCCCAGUCCUCCCUGGAGAGUGCCACGAGCCCCUCAGGCUCCUAAGGGCCUCAGGAAGAGGCCUGGAUGCAGUGUGGGAAGGGGUGCUGCCACCCCCCGUCUCCUCCCCUGUACAUAGUCUUCACGUCUUUCUGGACCCCUUGCCUUGCUGCAUGCCUAUUGGCUACUGGGCCUGUCCCAGCUGGCAGUGGAGACUCUAGUAUGUGUGCGUGUGUGUUUGUGUGUGUGUCUGUGUGUGACCAUGUUAGAUCUGUUCAUUUGUCUGGGUGUAUUUGGUCUUAGUGACUAUAUGGGCUGAAAUCCACGUCUCUCUGUGUCUCGUUGUAAAGAAACCCAAAGGAGAGUUGCGUGGACGGGACUCCACUUGAGUCCAGGGGUGGAAGUGGGAGACGCAGCCAUUGGUCCAUCCCACCUGGUCCUAGGCUCAGGGCAGAGCCUGCGUGUCCCCGCCUGUGCCUGUUCUUGGUGGUCCCUGCUUAGUUUUCUGUCUUGUUCUUUGUUCCACCUCUGCCUCUCCCAGCACCUCUGCUCUUUUUUGAGGAAUGUAGCGUCCACUGCAGCUGGCCACAGCGAGGCCCCUCUGGGAACCCUGACACCCCUCCUCUUCACUGGGCACUCCGGCUGCUCUUCCCACCGAAUGCAUCCACAGCAUGUAGCAUCUCACCUAGCGCCCUGGCCAGGGCUCCGGGAGGCAGACGAUGCCGGGGAGCUGAGGGCUUAAAGACCGCUUUCUCCCUCGGGCUGGCGCCACCUCCUUCCUACAAGUGAGAUUGAAGGAGGUGUCAGUUCCCAGGGUUGCAGGCCAGGUACCUUGGAGGAAAGUGCUGGUACCUCCCUUAGAAUUGUUCACCUCCUGUUUCCCUCCAAGCCUCCUCACUUGCGACAUGCCAAAGGAGCUCUCCCAGCGGACCCCAGGUGGUGUGGAGUGGACGGUCUUGACAUGCAAGAGGUUGGCCUCAUAGGGAUGUUACCUGCCAAAGUGGGCAGCCCCUGGCGGCACCUGUGUCCAUCCCAGGUCCUGAGAGUGGCCCUGUGCCCCUCUGGGCUCGUCCUGGAGGGGCCUGGCUUGUUGAGGAUGUGCCCAGGGCAGGGCUGCUGGCAGGAAUGAGGAGGGCUGGGGCUGACUUGCUCUGAGAAGCCUGUCCGACCUUUGGGGAUUAGCUGCAUGAAGUUGAUUAUUGGGGGCUCUAUUUUUUUUUUUUUUUCUCUUUUCCAGACCAGGGUCCAUGUCUGGGAGCUCAGAUUCACUGAGGCUUCAGCCUCCUGGCUCCACGGACAGCUUGGCUGUAGACUCUAGACCAUCACGGUCACCAGCUCUGUAUAAGCAAUACUCACCCCUCUCGGCCUCCCUGCCCCCUGCCCUCUGCCGCUGCCCUCUGGAGGGUGGCCUGGUCUGCUCUAGACACCGUGCCUGCCUCUGCUUUCUUUCCACCCUUGUCUGGUUGGAGUUUCCCAAAGCCACUCAAACCCUGACCUGAUUGGACAGCUGGGCCCUGGGGGUGGGCACCAGGGCCUGGACUGGACCUUGUGAGAUGUCUGCUGGGAAUCCUGAAGUCUGGCUCGGGAGUGCCCAAAUCUGUCCCUCUUCUUCCUCAGGUCUAGCAUGAAAGGCAAGAGGUUGCCCAGGAGGUGGAUACAGCAGCCCUUGGGUUCAUGUCUGGUGGGGUGGAAAGAGGCAGCAGGAGGGGUCAAGGCCUGGGACAGGCUCGCGCUCUGCCUCUUCCCCAGAUAUCAGCCCUGAGAGCUGCACUGACUGUAACCCGCAUACGCGGGGAUCCGUGGAGAGGUGCUUGGACUCCAUCCAUAAGCGAAGCCAGAUGGGCCUGGAGGUGGAUUCCGGGGCCUGGAGGUGGAUUCCGGGGCAGGCAGGUGGAGACAGAGGCUGAGACAGAGCCAUCCCCACCGAGGGGUCCUUUCUGGCAGGAACCACAUUAGGCUGAAGCCAGGGCCUGGCCACCUCCCUCCUGUGAAAACCAGGGGGAGAAGCCAGGUCCCCACUGGUCCUGCCCACAGACAAAAAGUGGGUGAGGGCAGUAAGGACAAGAUAAGCUCCUGGGCUCCUGACUCCUGCUGGAGACUCCAUUCCUGUAUUAUCAUGGCGGGAACGCUCAUGUGUGUGGAGAGAGAGACAGCUAGGCUGAGUUUUCUCUUUCUGCAGAGAUUCUCUCCUAGGGUCAGACUGGGUAACGCAUGCAUUUCUCAUGUUUCUAAAAUAAGGCAAAGGGCUCUGUGCUCUUAGAUCCUAGGGUGGGGAGUGGGGGUGGGAACUCGCUUGCAAAAGCGUAUUUCUGUGUCCUGUGGGUGAUGCAGAGCAGCCACCCUCAGAAUGGUUGAAAAUCCUUGACGCCUUUGGGGUGGUGGGAUGAUUAGAGACCCACAGGAUGGCGUAGACAUUUGCUGACGUGGCACCGAGCGGUGAUACGCAGACCAUGCGGUUACCCCCAGGGAAUGGGGGUAUCAGUGAGGGGUGUCACCCUCAUUCCUCUAGAGGCGCAGGAAGACAGAAGGAGCUACCAGCAGAGGCUGCUGCUGGGGAGCUGAAGGCUGCUGGCCCCUUGCCUCUGAGGAAGGUUGGCUGGCACAGGGAAAGUUCUAGCCAGAGGUGGGGCCUGACAUGUCGGUGACUUGGGCUGACCUGCCUACGACCCCCAGCUGCCAAGACUGCCCAAGAGUUGGGCCACUCCACUGUUCCACCUCGAUAAUGGGAGGUCAUUCCCCACACAAGUUGAUGUUGGGGAAUUAUUUUUAACCCUUUGUACCAAAUUAAGUUACUAAUCCCCACCUGGAUUUUUCUCCCAUGAGGGUAAAGUCAAGUGAGACUCCGUGUUAAACUCCUGGGUUUAAGGGUCUGUCUCUCAGCCUCCUGGAUGCAGGGGCUUGUGUGAAAAGCUGUUCUGGAGCUAGCCUGUCCCAGGAGAGGAGGGAGCACACGUGUGACUGCUGCCCUUCCCUGGAGGGGGCAGCAUCUGUCCCUUGAAGAAGGCAUGGCGGGGAGGGAAGGAACAUGAUCCCCCCAGACACUGUUAGAUGCAGUGUCCUGACUCCACAUGCCCUCUCCUUACCCCAGGGGACCCUGGGGCUGAUGACAGGGUGGGCUCUUUGUCAUUCCAUCUCCCUCUGCUCAGGCAGGAUUCGUGGAAGAUGUGGCAGAGACAGCAGUGGUCCUGCAGCGAUGCUGGGCUGAGGGCAGGAACCAUGACAGAUGAUUCAGAACAUCUGUCUUCACGUUUCUGCUCUGUUCAAUCUGUCCCACUUCCUUCAUAGACUCCUUCCCUAAAGGGAAGUCUGUGAUGGGUCUUUGGUAUGAAUCAGGCUCCAGCAAAUGGGGCCAAGUCUUGGUUCUUCCCUGAAGAAUCAUAUCCCCUUUGUCAAGCCAUCUCCUAAACUACUCCCCACCCAGUCUCUCCCCCCACCCAGCACUCCUAGGAAAGGAGCCCUCAGGAGGCUCUCAGUAUGCAGCAAGCCCAGGCACUGCCAGCAUUUCAGGGGGCCGAGAGAGAGGGUGUCCCUCUAGCUCACCACUCGUGGGAUCACUGGUUCUCCCAGGGGCCUGACCCCGACCAGGGCAAGCAUGCCUGAGCUCUUCUUUACUGCCAGCCUUGAGGAGAGCAGAAGCCUCACACCCCUUUCAAAGACGCUAGAGCCCUCCAAGGGUACUCUUUUGGAAAUGAAAUGUAGCACAAUCUUAGACUGCAUUACCAGGAGCCCUGGCACGCAACCAGGGUUCUUGCUCCACACCCUGCUGUCCAGGAGAUGCCGUGCUCCUCCCCCGCCAGGGCUCCAGAGCUCCUGAUACCUCCGGCUCCCCAUCUUCAGCCCAGAAAGCAUCAGGGCUUCAGGAAAGCUGCUCUUCCGCUUCUUUGAUUACUUCCUGCACUGUGCGGAGCCCGUGCGAGCAACUGCUGCCUUUGCUUGGUGGCGGAGACAGGUGGCGUGUUCUUCAGGGCCAGGCGGUGGUCCCGCAGGGUUUCCGCACUGGCUGCAAGGAGGGGGAAAAGAAGAGGCCUGCUGCCCUGCCGACUGCUCCCUUUCUCUUCCUCUCCCCGGAGUUUUCUUCUCCAAUAUCCUGACACAGAAAGAGGUUCUCUAAAAUGCUGCUUCCUAUACUGGAUUACCGUUCACUGAAUGAUCAGGAAGGAGAUAGGAAUGUAGACUCAUCCCUUGCCUUCUCCUUCAAGUCUGCUUUUCACUCAGGUCAGAAGAAAUUGGGUCAAAACAAAACAAUCAUGACUGAAGGGCAGGGGAACCCCGCCCGAUCCAGUGAGGCCUGAUGGGGGCUGGAUAAGCCUAGUCUGGCUGGGAAAGGGUUAUUUUGAAAGAGUGCCUGAGCAUCUCAGAGCGACGUCAGUGAUGCCAAAGAGAGCAACUUGGCCUCCUCGGGCACCAGCUCUGCCAGCUGAGCCGCACACAUGCAGCUCAGGUGUCAGCAUGCCCGAUGGUGGGACCUUGUUCUCUGACAAAGGGCUUAAUCUUUCCAUGUAGCAAAGCAACUUCCCCUCCCCCAAACCCUGAGCUCAGGCUUUUGUGGGCCCAGCAAGGCUGUGCCUGUGAAGGAAACUGGCAUUCCCGCAGAGGCCCAGACUGGCUUGGGGAGGAUGCUCGUCAAAAAGCAUGAGUGUUACUGCUCUGGGAAAACCUUCCCAGGCUCUGAUUGGAAACUUGGCCAGUAAGGACAGGAGCCUUCGCCCUCCCUGGGAGCUCACACUGAUGCCAGUAAGGGUCCUUGGGACUGGGUUCCGGAGAGCUUGGCAAAGAGAAAUGGGCCCUGGGAAUUCCAAAGGCAACAGAGCAUCCGCCCCAAUGGUCAGUGGCCUGGACAGCUGGCUACGGAGAAUCAAAGGCUAUUAUAUACAGGCAAGACUUGUGCAAGACUCCUCACUUUUCUGGGCCUCAGCUUCCUCAUGUGCAAAACCAGAGCAUUUGCUAGUUACUCCACGGUUCCCUCCAGUUUUUAAGUCUAAUCUGGAGGUGAUGAGGGUCAUGAGCCUGGUGCACCCGGCACCUGGCUCCACAGGCUGGUUCCUUCCAGACCCGGGUGCCCAAGCUGGGUGCAGGUCCUCACCCUUCCAUGCCCAGAUGCUGCUUCUGACAAGAACUCUGGGAAUCCUAACAACCUCUUCUUCUUCUUCCUCCUCCGCCUGUGUUGUUGUUUUCUUACGUAAGGAGAUAAUUAAGGGUUGUCUACAAUGGACUUUUUCCAAGGUGCUGAUGUGAUGUCACAACCUCAGAUGCAUCCUGCGUAGGUCAGUAUCCCCAGCAGCAGAUGAAGCUGGGUUAGUCCUCAUUUCUGCUUCUAGAAUGAGACAAUGGGAGAAUUUUAAAGGGAGAUGCUCUCUGAUGGGAGGAGAGAGGGAACUUAUUUCCCUUCAAAGUGUUUUGCUUCUUGAAACAAAAAAUGACUCUUCUCCAGAAUGUCUUUUACCAGACACCAUCUCAGCAGGCAGAGUGGCUGCUGCUUUCUUAGGAAAAGUUGGCCUGAUUAUUCCAUCCACUCCUUUAGAAUGUAAAUUCAUAGGAGGCAAGAACCCCUUUUUUAGAAUUUCUAAAUGCAUCCUGCAAAGAGAGAACAGAUAGGGACUGAGAAGCACACUGUUUAGAUAAGAAGCAAUUAGCCUUUUAUAUCUGUGCUCUAUACAUUUUCUAUGUGCAGCAUCUUUCCAAACUCGUUGUGGCUCCCAGGUGGCAGGUGGAUGGAUGGGAAGGACUGCCGGCUGUUUCUUACAACACUCUUGCCAAUUCCCUUGAGGAGAAAAUUCUUCACAUGGCUUCUGCAUGUACAGUAUUUGGGCAGCAAAAAAUGAUUAAAGUCCGUUCGAAAA